AUGUCCAACCGCUAUCAGGUCAGCAUGGAGCCGUACUUUGUGGAGGAAGCGCAAGAGCUCCGCAAGGAGCAGCUCCGCAAACUCCGGGAGAAGCGCAAGCGUCGGCGGUACAUCGGGCUCUUCUGCUGCAUCACCAUCUUUGUGGUCGGUGCCGUAUGCGCCGUCCCCAUUGUCUAUGUGUCGCGCCCACCAGCGUCGCCCAAUGACAGUGAUACCGGCGCAACUGCCACCAACCAAACCUCCAACAGAGAGGCAGCUAUCCAGAACCAACCGCAAUGCGCGCAAACUUGUGAAGAGCACAUCCACGAGUGCGUCGGCAUGGGAGGAUUGCACGUUCAUAACAGCAGAUGUCAACUGCAAUGUGACCGUCACCACGCAGACCUUGACUUCAUCUUCAUCGUCAAGCACGGCCUCGACGUCCACAAGCAGUUCGAGCACGUUGACAAGCACAAGCACCUCCAGCAGCACAGGCACGCUCACUGCGACAGCAAUGCCAGCGGUGACAAUAGCCACGAGUACAAACACGAAAACGACAGCCACGACGACCACAAUGGCAACCACCACCACGUCCACGAGCACAAGCACGGAGAGCACGGCAACGACAACGACGACAAGUCAAAGAAAGACAGUAUCGAUGCCUGCUCCAACAACAGCACCGCAUCGACAACUGCAAGCUCCACCACAGCAACGUCUGUCCCUUCGACAACACUGACAACAGGCGCGACCACAGCCACAGGCAACGCGACAAACACGAACGACAACAACCGGUACAAGGACAAGAACGACAACGAAGGCAAUGGCGGCACCAACCCAAACAGCAACGACGACAAGUCAAAGAAAGACAGCCUCUCGACGACAGCUGUAACAACUGCGGCAGCCACUCCCGGCAAGGGGUGA